AAUAUUUCCACACAAAUUAGGAUGACGUCAUUUGACAUUUUGAACCUAUUGUUUUUCAACUUUUCCAAGAAAACAUCAUUUAUUUGAUAGUGGCAGCUUGUUUUUUUCUACAUAGUUUAUUGCUAACGAUAAGAAUCAUUUUGAAAUAGCUCGAUUUACAAUUAAACUAGAUAAUUCAAAAUGCAAUAUUUUGCUUUUUUCUUGCUGUUGGGCUUCAGCGCCUGUUUUGCAGACUCAAAUGAUGAUAUAAUCAUUGAUGGAACUAACGUGACCGGCAUUCCUGUUACAAAAAUAGAUCCUCAACCUGCUCCAACUACACCUAUCCCCACUUCAUCUGUCUCUCCAAAUAUUACCACAAUUGCUCCAAAUGUCACUACAUCCACUACCCCUACUAGCACAACUCCUAAGUCCACCACAACUGUUACUACCACUCCUAAUCCCACCCCACCAACAACUAAAAGCAGCUCAACGACCUCAACUACCCUAAAACCGACAGAACCAACUACACCAAAUUCUACUGCAGCUCCUGCCACUACCACAACAGCACCACAUCAUCACGAUAGGAAAUUUGACGGACCCAGUUUUGUUGGUGGUAUUAUUUUGGCACUUGGUCUAGUCGCCAUUGGUUUUGUGGCGUUCAAAUUCUACAAGGCCAGGACGGAAUUGAACUAUCACACCCUUUAGGUUUGAAAUGUCUGUUGUGGGUAAGCAUAAAGUGAAAAAAUAUGGGCUACAACGCUAAAAACCAAACUACUAUAAUAAUCGCUUGUAAAAUUCAAUUUAGUUUAAAGUGGUAACCUUUUGCGGAUUUUUUUGUUGUCUAUCUCUCUCUCUCUCGAAUUAUUUCAGCUAACCUGAAUCUCUCUUAUUUGUGAAUAUUUACUGAUAGAUAGAUGUAAGACAAUUUUUAGUGUGGAAGGCAUUUAUUCUAAAUUGGAGCAGAAUUAUUAUAAAUGUUGAUGUAAAAAAAAGUGUUAAAGUUCUAAUAAGUAAAAGGUUAAACUUUAGCCUUUAAUAUUAAUCAUUUAGGUAUCGCUGGCCUUUCCCCAGUAAUUGCAUUGAAUUAUUUGUUUAUUACAAUAGAUGUGUGCCUCACUCACAGGUUUUUCCGCUUCAGCAAAAAUUGAUAUUUAAUCCAACUAUUGAUAUUUGUAUGUGAUAUGUUUUAGAUAUAAAACUAUGUAAUGAUCCAUUAUAAAUGUUGCAGCUUUUUUAUAAAUAUGUGUCAUACCAGUAAAAUAACGAAUGUUAAGAGGAUCAGUGAUAUUUAAAAUGGAUUGUGCUUUACCCACCUUACCCUUUUCAACCUCUUACAUAUAUAUUUUUUUUUAAAUUCUUUAACAUUGAGCAAACUCUGAAUGAAAAAUUAAUUGCGAAAAAUAUAUUUUUUUUAUAUGUAUAGGUAGACUCUUGGAAAAAAUAUUGAACAUUUUGUAAUUAUUAUUUAGUAAGUUUUAAACUUGAAAAUUUCCUUCUCAUCAUGCUAUUAACUGGAAUGUAUUUUUGAUUCAAAUGAUUGAGUAAUCUUCAUUUGACUGUGAAACUAACAUUAUUUGUUUUACAUUUGCAAUCUCUUGGUAAUGGAAAAUAUUUGAUAAUUUUGUCCAAGAGUGUAAAAAUUGUAUCAGACUGGUUUUUUUCUUUUCAAAUAUUCUGGAGGCAGCUUUCUCUCACGCGCAACUUUCAUAGAAUUCCACUGGAUUCUGUUGUCUCGAGAAAAACAUUUUUUACACCUUAUUAUGACACUGUGUGAAUCUCUCAAAUCUUUUCUAGAAUAGUAAAAGUCUGAUUUAUUUUAAUUGCUUAUUUGAUUAGCUUAUUUUUGAACUAAAACGAAAAUUUAACAACACUUAUCGAAUUUAGAUUAUAUAGUUAUUGAUAUUUUGGAUGUGUCCGUGACAAGGUAUCAAAAAUAACCCACAAAAAUGAUAUUCUGUCCUUUGAAAGUGCUCUUAAGUAGGGGGUAGUUUUUAAUUAAACAAAUUACUUAAGCUAAAAGUUGUGUAACUAGUCUUUAAAAUACUUAAGUAAGUAAUUCAAUAUUUUGUCAUGUAAUUAGAUUAUAAAAGUAAAUACUAUAGGAGUUUUAGGUCAAAUUUUGCACUAAUUUUUCUAGUUUUAUAAUCUAAUUACUACAAAAGUUGUUUGAUGUUGAAUUAAAUUAAGCUAUAAACAUAAACAAGAAUAUAUUUUUUAGAAUUGUAUUACAUUUAUUACCAUGGCAAGUUUUUUGGGUGAAUAAUUAAUUAUUCUGCCUGGAACUUUUACUUAUAUGUUUUAUUUUAAUUUUGUUUUGAACUGGUAAAAAAAUAGGGGUUAGUCAA